ACCGGUGUCCCUGCUGAGCUUAGAUGGGGAGAUCCUCUGCUGCUGCAGCCCAGAGCAUACCAUGCUGCGUUCAGCACUGACCCCUCUGUACUGCCUGCUGCUGCUGCCUGCCCUCUGCCUGUCCCAGUCCACCUCCAUCUCCUUCGUCCAGCCUGGGAAUUGCUCCAGCAGCCAGUUCUACAAUGUGGCCAAAUAUACCUGCAACGAAUGCCAGGAAGGGAUCCAGGGAUCGGAUGGUCUGCGUUGUGUGUGUCCGAGUGGCUCCGCCAUGACAGGCCGUGGAUCGCCCCAAGUCACCUGCACCCAGUGCUCGCAGAAGAAAGUUUCCCUGGACCAGCGAGUUUGUCUGACCUGCAACGGAACUGCGUGUGUGUGCGGGAGCAACGACGUGACCGAAGAAGAUUACAUAUCUCUGACAUACACAUGCGUGACGUGUUCGGGAGACACGCGGCCAAACGCUGCCGGCGAUCGGUGUGUUCUGUGCCCGCCCACCUACAAUCCCGGCUGCAGCUGUCCGGCAACCAAUCAGCUUGGCGGAGUUUGUGUCCCGAAUGAUCCUGGGAGUUCGCAGAUGAAGGUGACGUUCUGGGAGUCCUUGUAUCUCUACCCCAGUUUUUAUGUGUGUGAGAAUUACAACAACUUCACCGCCUGCCAGGCUCUCACCAACAUGGUCAUCAUGAACGCCUUUUCUGCCACCAGCAGGGCCUUCGUAUUAUACAGCAGCCUAAGCGCAAACUCCUUUCUCCCUCCACUGACCUACAGCACUGCGAGCCAGCUGGGGAGCACAGCACCAUCUAACCUGUCUUUCCUGAAGAACGCUCAGAUCCAGUUCCGGUUGGCGAAGUACGACGUCCGCGGAAAUUUCCUCGGCUGGGAGACCCUUAAAGGGGGAACUUUGCAGAUGUGUCCGAAUACGCAGAGCACGCGGGACGCAGCGUUUAAUUUCGGGACCUUCUACAGUCUGACCUGUUCGCUGUCUGUGUCCGAUCUCUUCCAAGCGGUGCCGGAGCCUGUAUUCUACGAGCUCUUCCUCCCCUAUACCAGUACCAGCGGUGCCAGCAUGCUGUGGCCGAUACCGGUGUGGAAUGCCAACAUCCAGGGCAGCUCAGGCACUCUCGGCUCCAACGCUCUCCGGCGGUUCUUCCUGAUUGACGGCAUCUCCAGCAGACAGAACAACCUCUCCAGUCAGCCCUCCUUUGUCACCGUCGCUACAAGCCUCACCCUGAGCGUCUUCCUUCCGGUCAGCCCUCCGAGCAGCCAGCCGCCCUUCCAGCUCACCGUAACAUAUCAGAAUCUAAGCCUACAGGCCUCAGCACAGGUUUCAUUUGCUGUCACAUAUACGCAGAGCCAGGGGACCUUUAAAAGAGACACGGAUAUUGCACUCGGAGUCCUGGGCUCACUUGCCGGGCUUAUAGCCAUCUUGGAGACAAGCAGUUGGCUGCGGAGGUCGGGUCAGCAGAAUAUCGGGAUAAUGACUUUGGAGUUCCUCCAUCUCCUGGUCACUCAGCUAACGGCCAACAUUUUCCUCAUCGACUGGGAGAGGCCGAAGGACAAAAGUGCCCCCAAUUCACAAGGGAAGUCGAAUGUCAGUAUAUGGAGGACGGUCCUGGUAGCCAACGAGUGGAAUGAGAUCCAAACCUGCCGGAAGCUGAGCCCGCUCUUCCAGCUCUUCAUGGUUCUUCUACUUCUAGAGGUUGUUGGUCUCAAAAACAUCACAGCCAAAGACCUUAACUUGGACCUGAACCCUUCAGCUGGAACUUACCGGGCCCCCUGGAGCAUCAUCCUGAGAUUCGGAAUUGCGGCCUCCAUGUGGCUGGCGGUUGGCCUGGUACAGGUUCUCUUCGUCAUCUUCAUCUACGAACGCUUUGUUGAAGACAAAAUUAAACAGUUUGCUGAUCUCUGUUCUCUCAGCAAUGUUUCGGUUCUGGUUCUGACACACAAGUGUUAUGGAUAUUACAUACACGGCCGAUCGGUACACGGACAAGCAGAUGUCAGCAUGGAGAUGAUGAUGGACAAUCUGAGGAAGGAGGAGGAAAACCUGUGUCCACUGAGGGGCCUGGAGCCGGGCUCAGACAUCCAGACCUUCGAGGUGAUGCUGAGCGAGCGCGUGCGGGAACAAUAUGACAAGAUCAUGCAGCCGCUGAUGGAGGUUCCCAGAGGUCAGAAAGCCGGGAAUGAGAAGAACCCGAUAUUACAGCAACGAAUCAGAACCUACUACACGGUGAACCGGUUCCUCUCGGCCUUCUUGGAUCACGUCUACAAGGAUUUGGAUUAUGUGGUGAAGAACAAACUGUUCCUGGAGAACGUCCUUAACAUCGAAUUCCAACAAGCCAUCGACAAGUCAAUAUUCUAUAAUGAUGAUCGUUAUCACUUUAGCCGCGCCGUCUUCUACAGCAACGAGCUGAUCCUGCUUCUCUUCGAUACUCUUCUGUUCUGCAUCAUAGACCUGGGGACGCAGAAUUUUAUCCUGGCCACAAUCCUGACCUUCGUCAUUCAGAUGUUGGUGAAGAUUCUUCGCGCUCAGAUCGGAAGGAAGAACCUCUCGUCUCAGACUCUGGUGGAAGAAAGCUUCCUGAUCUGA